AUGGAACUACUGAAGCCAAACUCACACUGGAGGGUGUCCGUCGAAAGGAUCGACAACCGACAAGGCUACGUCCAAGGAAACUGCUGUCUUAUUGCUGCUGAGUUUAAUUCAUUUGCGCAGUGGUCCAAGCAGAAGGUCCUGGAGGUUGCUCGGGUCCGGACACAAGAGGUGCAGUUGCAGCGGCUGCAGCAGGACAUAGCUGUCGCAAAAAUGCGUCCAUCCCUGAGCCGGACAAUCACUUCCUGCAGACACCAAGGACCGGACGCAGAGGGGAGGUGGCCAUGUGCAUGCUGUGGAAGUUGGAAGCACAUGUCACAGUUCCCCAAGAGAAGCGAGAGCAGGGGGGGUUACCAAAGGCAGUGCAAGCAAUGCACUAGUGACAAGAAAUCAGCCUGGCGACGGACGACGCGUGGGCACGGGCUCGUGCUCCUCGGGAAUGCUCGCUGCAGAGCUUCGUCAGCGCACACUUGGACCGGCGAUUUCAUGCUCGAUUUGGACGAUGUGCUUGACAUGUUGUGGCUGCAGGGUGGGCGAUGCUACUACUCAGGAGUCCCAUUGAAGUGUGGGGCUGGCCCUUCCAACUGGGUCUGGUCCAUCGAGCGUCUUCACAACUCUGUGACAUAUAACAAGAAGAACUGCGUGCUGAUAGCACGAGAGUUCCAGGCAGCUGACAACAGUCGCAACAAAGCCAAGUUUCCAGUGUUUGGCACGGCCCAAUGGUCGCGCAGCAAGGUCAGCCACGUUUGGGGACCGUACUACCCAGAAUGUUAG